AUGGCAAGUGCCGAGGCCAUUGUAAGCACUAUUGGCGAAGUUACUUCCAUACGAAAGCUGCGUUCUGGAGAUUUACUUGUUGAGGUAAAUUCUCGUAAACAAGCUCAACAAAUUUUAAAACUAAAGGCGUUAGCAACAAUACAAAUCAAUGUCACUACUCAUCGAACUCUGAAUUCCUCUAAAGGUGUGAUAACCUGCAGAGAAUUACUAAAUGAUACUUUGGAAAAAAUUACUGAUGAGCUUAAACCUGAAGGAGUGACUCAUGUGCGUCGCAUCAAUAUUCGUCGAGAUGGACAGCUCCUUCCAACCAAACAUUUAAUUUUGACAUUCAAUUCUCCCAAGUUACCUGAGACUAUAAAGGCAGGCUAUAUGAAAUUGCCAGUAAAGCCUUUUAUACCGAAUCCUUUGAGGUGCUUUAAUUGCCAGCGUUUUGGCCACUCAAAAGCUAAUUGCCGCGGGACACUUACCUGCGCCCGUUGUGCAGUAGCCGGCCACGAGAGCUCUGAAUGCACAUCUAAUGAAAAAUGUGUGAAUUGCAGGGGUGAGCAUACUUCUUAUUCUCGCUCUUGCCCUAAAUGGAAACUUGAGAAAGAAAUUGUCACUACUAAAGUGAAAAACAACAUAACAUUUCCUGAAGCUAAACGCCUGGUGCAAGCUCAAACUCCCACAGAAGGGAAAAGCUAUGCAUCUGUCAUUAAAAAAUCUGUUUCAGUAUCUGCAACACAAACUAAACGUGUUGUUAUUGUAACAACUGAUACUGAUUCAGAUCGAAUCCCUGAUAGUCCAAUAGCAGAACAACGGCCAAACAAGGUAAACAAGAAAAAAAUGUCUAAAUCUCAAAGAUCACUUGCUUUAAAACAUUCGAAACAGGGAUCUUCUCUUAAAGAUUUGAAAUCAAAAAGAUCAAUUGCUCUAGAACUGGGAAAAGCUGGUCUCGCUACCAAGGAUUUACCAUCUUUGUUUGGUAAUCCAUCGACAAGUACAGAGCUAUUAAAAAUCCAUCCUUCAGAGGAUGAAGAAGAUAUCCAAAUGAGUUGCGAUCAGCAAGCAACUCCACAUACUGUCAUUAAUAAAGUUCCCCCCUAA